AUGUCCCAGGCCAAUCGGGAUGAACGGUUGCCCUACCCAGAGCCGGAAUGGAUAGGGCAAACAUUCAUCCUGAUUGGCUUGGGACAUUCUGCUUUAUCCUUGGUUAUCCUCUCCUCCGAGUUCCUUCUUGGUCAGAGAAAGAAGCAUCCUGACCAAGAGCAGAAAGCCAUAAAGAUCCAGGCGUGGUGGCGGGGCACCCUGGUGCGCAGGACCUUGCUGCACGCGGCCCUCAGAGCAUGUGUCAUUCAGCACUGGUGGAAGCUGAUGCUGGCAAAGCUGCUGGAGAAGAGAAAGCGAGCAGCCCUCGAGUCCUUCUCACGGCGAGAAUGGGCAGUGGUCCAGCUGCAGUCCUUGGUCCGCAUGUGGCGCGUCCGCCAGCGUUACUGCCGUUUGCUCCACGCUGUCCGCAUCAUCCAGGUCUACUGGCGCUGGCAUAACUGCCAUUCCCGUGGCUUUUUCCAGGGCACCUACGACCUCACGGCAUCACAUCUGGGUCUUGAACUUGAGAUUUUUUUGGGCUCACAGAUUUGUCGGAUUACGGACUGCAUCCCCUUCCCAAUAAAGAACUGA